AUGUCAAGUGCUACAUAUAUAUUAAAUGAUAAAAAUGAAACAAUUUCAUGGACAUAUGAUCGACUUCUUUCAAAUGCAUCGAUUGAAAAAAAAGAUUUAAGUCUACUUGGUUUUAUUAUUGGUAUUCUAUGUAUUAUUAGUAUUCUAUGUAGUCUUAUUCCAAGAAUUUUCAUAUAUUUAUAUGGUAGAAUACUAUCGUCUAAGAAAUCAUUUGUACCAUCUCCAUCUAUAUCAAGUAGUACAACAACAACAACUAAUCUAAUGAGUGAAUUUUAA